ACUGAGCGAGGCAAUGGAAUUAUAACAGUGAACAAGAUUGACCGGGUUUUUUGCCUCACGAAAUGGAAGGGAAACCAGUAAACAAAUUAAUAAUGGAAACUUCAUGGUGUUAUGGUCAACUUGCCGCACAGCUGUGUUCAAAUCUGUCACCAACAGGUUCAUUAAAAACCUGGCCUGCUCGGGGAUUUGUGCCAGCCUAGUCUGCGUGCCCUUCGAUAUCCUCCUCAGCACCAGCCCUCACUGUUGCUGGUGGAUCUACACCAUGCUCUUCUGCAAGGUUGUCAAAUUUUUGCACAAAGUCUUCUGCUCUGUGACGAUCCUCAGCUUCCCUGCCAUUGCCUUGGACAGGUACUACUCAGUCCUCUAUCCACUGGAGAGAAAAAUAUCUGAUGCCAAGUCCCGCGAACUGGUGAUGUACAUCUGGGCCCAUGCAGUGGUGGCCAGUGUCCCGGUGUUUGCAGUGACCAACGUGGCUGACAUCUACGCCAUGUCUACCUGCAGCGAAGUCUGGAGCAACUCCUUGGGCCACCUGGUAUAUGUUCUGAUCUAUAAUAUCACCACAGUCAUCGUGCCUGUGGCUGUGGUCUUUCUCUUCUUGAUAUUGAUCCGACGGGCCCUGAGUGCCAGCCAGAAGAAGAAGGUCAUCAUAGCAGCGCUGCGGACCCCACAGAACACUGUCUCUAUCCCUUAUGCCUCCCAGCGGGAGGCCGAGCUGCACGCUACCCUGCUGUCCAUGGUGAUGGUCUUCAUCUUAUGUAGUGUGCCCUAUGCCACCCUGGUCGUCUACCAGACUGUGCUCAACGUCCCUGACACUUCAAUCUUCUUGUUGCUCACUGCCAUUUGGCUGCCCAAAGUCUCUCUGCUGGCGAACCCUGUGCUCUUUCUUACUGUGAACAAAUCUGUCCGCAAGUGCUUGAUAGGGACCUUGGUACAACUGCACCAUCGGUACAGUCGCCGUAAUGUGGUGAGUACAGGGAGUGGGCUGGCCGAGGCUAGCCUGGAGCCCAGCAUGCGCUCGGGCAGCCAGCUCCUGGAGAUGUUCCACAUUGGGCAGCAGCAGAUCUUUAAGCCCAUGGAGGAUGAGGAAGAGAGUGAAGCAAAGUACCCUGGCUCUGCUGACCUCCAGGCCAAGGAGAUACUUAGCACCUGCCUGGAGGGAGAUCGGGGGUCACAGUUUACACCCCAUGUGCCACCCCCUGGCACGGUGGACUCUAUAUCCCAGGUGGUUCCAGCAGCCCCUGUGGAACCUGAGACAUUCCCUGAUAAGUAUUCCCUUCAGUUUGGCUUUGGGCCUUUUGAGUUGCCUCCCCAGUGGUUCUCAGAGACCCGAAACAGCAAGAAGCGGCUGCUUCCCCCCUUGGGUAACACCCCAGAAGAGCUGAUCCAGACGAAGAUGCCCAAGGUAGGCAGGGUGGAGCGGAAGAUGAGCAGAAACAAUAAAGUGAGCAUUUUCCCGAAGGUGGAUUCCUAGCAAGGGUUGAAAAUUCCUGGGAACAGCAGGGAUCUCCUCCGCUGCUGCCCUCCCUUCACUCUGGCCCUGUGAUUUAUGUGAUCUCAUUGCAACCCUGUAUGGGUUGACCCCUCCUGUCUGGGCCAGAUGCUUUUGAAUGAGAGGGAAAUCUCUAUAAAAUCAAAUGUCCUCCUUAUUGAGGGAGUAUAUAUAUAUUUAUCUCAGUGAUCCAUGUCCUUAGUAAUGUCCCCAUCCCCCUCUGUGGAAACAAAAACCGGGUCUUGGGGUGGCUACACCAUGUGCAUUUUCUGGGGACACCUCAGUUCUGUGGGUCCAGCAGGGAAUUCAUGGGGGGACGAGCGUCCAUGAGCUCAAAGGGAGUAGGGGCACUCCAAGGGAAGCCGAAGAUAAUUGUGGUGUGACGUGGCUACAAAGAAAAUGCCUAUUUGAUGGACUUAAAUAUGACAGAUAUUAAAAAUGGAUAAUAUCGAUCUGUAUCUUCAGGAAAUAUAGGGACGUGGCAUUCGACGCUUUUUCUCUGGAUGGCCCUGUCAUAUGAUUCCCAGCUUCUUCCGAUGCCCUUCAUCCUCUCACCGUGACAUGGAUAAGGAAUGGCUGUUCUGCCCCAUUUGAAAGAUAUGGCAAUAGAUGUGCCUGGUGGUAAGGGAGAUACUCUGUCCUGGAUUAUCCUGACAACCUCCAGGCACCACUGAGACCUCAGACACAUCUGCAGUGUAGGUUGGAAAACACUGCAAGCUCUUUUUAUGUCUUUUCCCCCUUAAAUUGUGUGUGUGUGUGUGUGUUUUUUUCUUUCAACAAAUGAGAAGCUUAGAGGUGGAGAAGAAAGACUGUGAAAUGUCCAUGCACUGUAGUCUUUUUCUCUUCCCACAUAUUCUCGCCUAAAGGUGCUACUAGCAGUGAGUAGGAGUAAGGUAUAUUGGAAAAAAUUAUUCCAUGCAAAUUUUUGGAGUUCAAAAGUAAUUAAGAAAUGCAAAUUUAGUGUGAACUGGGUCCUUUGGAAAUAGUAAGCUAAAACUACUUGAUUAAGGGAGGUGAUUCUGCCAAAAAGAGUGGGAAAAGGCUGACAAAAAUCAUUCCCCGUUCAGAGAAAGACUCCAAAACCAGGCGUGACCAGUCUCAUUUUCAGUCUGUUUGUGCAAGUGUGACUCUCCCUUCAUUUUGGACUUACAGGAGGAACAGAACAGAGAGAAAGAACUAAUCAUUGUAAAAUGCAAAGGCUAUACCUAGACUAGGUAAUCUUUCCACUUCUUCCCUCUCAGUGUAGUUUGAGCAGGAGCCCAAGUGGAUAGAAGAGGAAGGACAGUGUCCUCAAGUGAUUAGUCCCCUGGAGGCUCUCACAAGCAAUUUGAGUCCACUGAAGGUGGAUUUCACCAGGCUGAGUUCAAACAGGUGACACUUCACUCUUGCUGAGAGCAAAUCAAGUGCCAGCCUUGUUCUUCUCUCUAGGAGGUUUUGUUCUUGUUAACAGCACAUAGAGGAGUCCAUCCAGUGCCUUGAGCAGGCUUGAAAGGAAGUGGGCCUUCUCACCACACACUUCCGUAUCCUGAAGGCAGUGGUCCUCACGUAUCCUUUCCUUUCAUCACACUGGCCCUUGUCCCUCAGAGGAAACUCAGACUCUGUGUAAGGAGUUUCCUUUUCCUGUCCUCUCCUGGGUGUGGUGUCUUAUAAUUCCUGAAUGUGAAUACAGAGACCCUUCCCUUACAGAAGGAGUGCCUUCCUCUGUGUGUUUUGUCUCCUCAAAGCGUUGUGUGCUCACAGCAGAAACCCAGGACUGCCGUACUCUCUCCCUGUGCCCCCUGCCUCCCAGGCCCUCUGUGCAUGCCGUCUGUAGCUUCUUGCUCUGAUAGUUGACAUGUGGCCCUUCAAACAUGUCUUUCAAAUCCUUCACAAUUGUUACAACUUUCAUCAAGGGAAAACAUAAUCUGUCAGAAAAUUGUGUCCACUUUAGAAGAAUCUGUCAAAUGUAGCCACUUUGGUGUCCUUAUGAUAAUAUAUAUUUGUACCGCUUAAUAUAUCCCAAUGAGGUGGAAUUUGGUAGAUAUUUCUCGAUGUUUGAAGCAGAUGGAUGACUUUUAACAGGUCAUUGCCAGGUGUAUUUCUAUACUCUUUGAAGAAUUACAUUUUAAUAAAAAAUUGAAAAGCAGUUUUCUGAACUCGAAA